AUGCUUACGUUCGUAACUUGGUCUGGACUUGAAAGUCAAUUUACCACUAUCUUUUGGGUUGUUGGGAUGCUAGUUACUCUGGUCACAGGGUUUGUGACUUAUCGGGCCUUUAAACGGAGUAGUGCGGUUGUUCCUGACGCAUUAGAGACAGAAGAGAUUGUAGAUGUUUCACCUGUAGAAACAAGUGGACUCUUCGCCUUCUUUGCUGAUGAUACAUCUCUUUUUGGACCGGCAGCAACCACUACUAGAGAUAUUGUUAUUUCUUCGGGAGAGGUGAUCUACUAUCUAGUUAGUGGCUUAGUGGAAGUGCAUUAUCGUGGUGUAGCUGUAGUUGCCCAUGAAAGAGACUUCUUUGCCACAACUACGCAAUGGAUUGUCAAUCCUUUAGCUAAAUCAGAAAUAUCGUAUGUCUUGAAGGCCAAAAGUGUCUUUUACCACACUAGUCAACUAACUAGUCCAGAACUACGCUAUGUACUCCUUACUAAGUUCUUUCGGGGUACACUUUAUACUCUACUGAACUAUGCCGGGGCUGCUCCUGAGCCUUAUGACUUACGAACUCUACCCGACGCAGCUGACUUGGCCAAACUAGAUGAUCAGAGUUUACUAGCACAACUACAGAAGAACGUACCACUUGGUCGACGAGUGAAAUCUGUACGCCGGCAAAAGGAUCCAGUUCAUCUUUCACCCAAUGGAGUCUAUUUGGUCUUAGCUGGGCAGCCGACUCUAUUUUAUGGUGAGUACAGUCGUGAUGUAGAGGUUGGUUGUGUCUUUGGAGUCCUUAAUCGAGUGAGUCGUUUAGAAGCUGAGCGACGGUUAGUGGGUGAGUGUGAGGUUUUAGAAGUGAUUAUGGGCGCACCAGAUCCACGUGGGGAAGGUUUACUGGCGAUAGCUAAAGAGUAUGUUGACCAGGCUUCAGAUAUUCUGCAGAUUACUGAUGCUUCAGUGCACUGGCGUAUUAUUCAGCCGGGCGAACGUAUUUCAGUAAACCAACCUAGUCGUUCGGUUAAGAUCGUGGGGUGUGGGUACUUCUUGAAAGAAGGAGAUAUUAAGUACUUUGGCAUUGGAUCGGGUCGUAUUUUGUUUGAAAGAGAAGCCGUACUUGGUUUGGAGUCGCCUUAUAUUGCCAUUGCGACUCGGUGUUCUGAGAUUAUUGAAAUUCCACCGGCUUACAUAACAGCGAUGUUAACUCUGUUCCAUGAAGCAGCACCUCGGUUAUAUCGCGGGGCUUUAUCUCGAGCUACACAGCAAGAGCAUUUAGAUAGGCCGCGGGUGAUAGUUUUUGCUCCGGCUGAUCCGGUGGUGACCCAAAUAGAGAUAUUUACGCACUUUUUGAAUGCCGAGAUUAACCAGAGCGAUACAUGUACGGUUCUUUCUUCUACGGCUUUAGAGAAGGGUUUAGGCCCUGUUUAUUCUUCUUCUUCGGCACCGGUAGCUAUAAUUAGUCUCUUAUCUUACUUGCAAAGUGAGUACUCUUAUGUUUUACUGCCGAUUGUAGCUAAACCAGCGGAAGAUUCAACAACAGCUGCUUUAAGAUUAGCUGAGAUAGUCUUUUAUUUAGUUGUUAAUGGCGAUAGUCUUGAUAGUGAGAUAGAAAGAGUUUGGUGUAAGGUUGAUACGGUUGUCCUUCAUAGAGAUAGUAAGAAACAAGUCGUGGGUGGACGAUGGCGCGGACAGAGACACCAUUUAGAGUUUCCUUCAAUUGAUGUACCGGCUAGUGUAGUGAUUGGGUUUAGUGAGAAGGAAGAGUAUGCCCAUCGCACGCACUGUGCCUUUACGGAAGCUUCACCCCAUCCUUUAGUCCCGGUCUUCCCGUUGAGUGAUAUGAAGCGGUUCUUGCGCACACUUAAAGGUGAGAAUGUUGGACUAGUUUUGGGCGGUGGAGGUGCCCGGGGUAUAGCUCAUAUUGGGAUUAUUCAAGCCUUAGAAGAAGCAGGUAUUCCUAUUGAUGCCGUUGGUGGUACUUCUAUGGGUGCUUUUGUUGGGGCGCUUUAUGCCAUUGGCUGCAAUAAUGCCGAAGUGUUUAGUCGGGCUAAGAAGUUCGCUCGCUUAUUCGGGAGUAUUUGGCAUAUAGUAAUGGACUUAACCUAUCCUAUUUGCUCAAUGUUCUCUGGGAAGACCUUUAACUGGGUACUGACCCGGAUCUUCAAGAAACGCAAGAUAGAGGACUUAUGGCUGCCGUACUACUGUGUGACUACCGACAUUCUUAAGAUUGAGGAGCGGGUGCAUAAGUUUGGCUUGCUUUGGCGGUAUGUUAGAGCAAGUAUGAGUUUAUCUGGGUACUUACCACCAUUAUGUGAUCGAGACUCGUUCUUACUUGAUGGUGGGUAUGUGAACAAUGUUCCAGCCGAUGCCAUGCGCUCAAUGGGAAUUAGAAAUAUUAUAGCCGUUGAUGUGGGCAGUGAGGUUGAUUCGAAUUAUUAUAACUAUGGGGAUAGUUUAAAUGGGUUCUAUAUUCUCUUUCAAAAGCUAUUUGGCACCAAACGGUUCUUAUCUCUGACCGAAAUUCAGUACCGCUUAUCUUACAUCACUAGUUCGCAUAAAGAGAAGUCUUUGCGCUCGGAUGUAUCAGUGAAGUACAUUCGGCCGGACUUAACCGGGUACAAGACCAUGAACUUUGGCCAGUUUGAUGAGAUAGUAGCGCAUGGGUACCAGCAUGGCCGCAAGGUCAUAGAAGAAUGGAAGAAGACCGGGGAAUUUGAUGAGCUCACUCAGCACAGCCGUAUCCAACGCUAA